UUCCAUAAGAACUUUAGCUCUUCCUCCUAUCUUCACCACAUACGUCAAACUUCAAAAAAUUUUCUUUUUGACUUUGUUGUUGAAAGAAGUGUGUGCUUCUGGUUCAGCGCUGGUCAAUUAUCCAAUACUGAAUUGAUUACCUCGACCAGAAAUAUUUUAAAAUGGCAUCUGUUGAGAAAGCUAAUCCUGAAAAGCCCGGACAGGAAUCUGCCCCAAUCCAUCACAUUAGGAUUACAUUGACUUCUCGCAAUGUCCGCUCAUUGGAGAAAGUAUGUUCAGACCUAAUUGAUGCUGCCAAGAGGCAAAAACUUAAAGUGAAGGGACCAGUACGUAUGCCAACCAAGAUCUUAAGAAUUACCACUCGUAAGACACCUUGUGGAGAAGGUUCCAAAACUUGGGAUAGAUUCCAGAUGAGAAUUCACAAGAGAGUUAUUGACUUACAUUCCCCAUCUGAAAUUGUCAAACAAAUCACUUCCAUCAACAUUGAACCUGGUGUAGAAGUUGAAGUUACCAUCGCAGAUGCUUAAAUAUAUUUUUCUAAGAUACAAAAUGUUACUUCGUAAGUAAUAAAGUGUGUUCUUAA